CACAACCUUGAAUCAAGGAAUCACAAUGAUCGUGACCUCGUUCAUCAUACGGUCAGAGCCGAGCGAUCUCAACGACGAGAUUCGACAUACAUGCACGGAUCUGAGAUCUCGUGAUCCAGACUCACGACUACAAGACGGCGCCCUGCUGGUCAGAAAGUUGGUCAGCAGAGUCUUCGCACGAUCCUCUUUCUCUUUGUGCUGUGCCGCAACAGCGUCAUCUAGCAGCAGUCGAUCAGCAGCGCCGCGCAGCGUGGAAUGGUCGGUCUGCCCAAAGGUCCCUUGCCGGGUCACAAGCGCAAGAAGAGCUCCAGCAGCAGCGCAAAGUCUGAGAAUGUGAAGCGGGCACAGCAGGCAGAGAAGCGCAACAGAUUGAAUGCACCUCGACCAGGUGGGGCAAGAGGCGCGGGCGCAGGAGCAGGCAAGGAGGUUCGUCAUGGAACAGGCUCGGUGCACGAGCAGGACCUUACGAAGCCCGUAGGUCGUGCCGAAGAUCCGAGCAAAGAGAAGGACGCAUCGCCAAUGCUCGAGCAGGGCAAGAAGCGCACAAAGAGCUUUCCGGAGAGCAUGGGAGCUUCUCACUUGGCCCAGUUGGGCUUGGACAUUGCAAAGUUGUCAGAGGCAAAGGAGGAAGCGAGGUUGAGGAAGAACAAGGAGAGCGCAGCUUUCAAAAAGGAGAAGAGGAGGAGGAGGAAGAGCAGCAGCGAUGGUCGUGAUGCUGGCAGUCUAGGUGGGCAGAGCGUACCUGCUCCGACUGGCAAGAAGGGCAGUGCAGAUGAGUGCGUGGGGCAUCACAAAGAUGCGCCGCUUGCAUCGCCACCAAAGGCCAUCAUCUUGUCCAAGACAGCGACUAAGCGCAACCUGAUCGAGGAACAGAGGGCGAAAGCCAGAGCUAGAAAGGCGGCCAGAAGGACCAACGCUGCGCUGGCCCAGCGCGCGACCCACGCCGCAGACUCGACGAGAUCGUCAGAGCAGUCGGAGAUGGACAGUGCACUGCCAAGCUCUGCCAAAGCGCAGCUACCAAAGCGAAAGAGCGUCUCUUUUGCUUAGAGGGUGCGAUGCAGGCGCGUCGCUUGAGCACUGAGCCACAGAAAGCGCCUUGGCGCGCUUAGAAAAAGUUUGGAACCACGCAGCAGCGCAUUCACUAUAGGCCUCUUUCAAGUCAACUCUUCAGGGACACG